AUGGCUCUCUUCAGGGGCAUCCUUUUUUCAGGCCUCUUCCUGUUGCCCUCUAUCUAUGGCCAGGUUUACAUGGGGGAAGAGCGGUCCAAAGACGCUUUUACCUGGGUCCAGCCCCGCAACACAACAAUCCUUGGGCAGUAUAGCCAUUCAGAACCAGUCUACCCAUCUCCCAAUACUACAGGUGCGGCUGGAUGGGAUGAGGCACUUCAGAAGGCACAAGCCUUUGUCAGCCUGCUCACCCUUGAGGAGAAAGCUGACAUGGUCACCGGGGUACCGGGUCCUUGUGUUGGCAACAUCUACCCUAUCCCACGGCUCUACUUCAGUGGACUUUGCUUGCAGGACGGUCCUGUUUCGCUACGUACUGCGGACUAUGUGAGCGUUUUCCCAGCGGGCGUCACGAUUGCAUCGUCAUGGGACAAGGAGAUAAUGUACGAGAGGAGUCUCGCCAUGGGCCGGGAGUUCAGGGCCAAAGGUGCGCAUAUUGCACUCGCCCCUGCCGUCGGCCCCAUGGGACGAUCUCCUUAUUCCGGCCGGAACUGGGAAGGAUUCUCUCCCGAUCCAUAUCUCAGCGGAGUCGCUAUGGAACUAGGCAUCAAGGGUUUGCAAGACGCAGGUGUCCAAGCGACGGCAAAACACUUUGUUGCCAACGAACAAGAGAUUCUCCGUAAUCCGCUGCUCAUCAACGGUACAUUGAAAUUCGAAGCUAUCUCCUCAAACCUGGAUGAUCGAACUCUGCACGAACUUUACAUGUGGCCCUUUGCGAAUGCAGUUCAUGCCGGGGUAGCUUCCGUAAUGUGCUCGUAUCAGAGAAUCAACGGGUCGUACGCUUGCCAGAACUCCAAGCUGCUCAACGGCUUGCUCAAGACAGAGCUUGGUUUCCAGGGCUACGUCUUGUCGGAUUGGUACGCUACACAUGCUGGAGUAGCUUCCAUCGAGGCCGGCCUGGAUCUUGACAUGCCUGGUACGACAAGGGUGCGCAACAGCGUCCCAGAGCUGGGCAGGUACACGUCAUUUCUUGGUGGCAACAUCACUACGAUGGUGAACAACGGCACUCUCGAUGAGGCGCGGCUGAACGAUAUGAUCCUGAGAAUAAUGACGCCAUAUUACUUCCUUGGCCAAGAUCAAGACUUUCCUUCAAUCGAUCCUUCGACGGUUUCCCUCAACCUCUUUAGUCCUCCAUCAACGUGGUUCCGCGACUGGAACGUCACCAUGGAUGAGCCGAUCCGCGACGUCAGAGAUAACCAUGCACAACUCAUCAGGAAAUAUGGCGCUGCCUCUAUUGUGCUCGUCAAGAAUACCAAGGGGGCGUUGCCGCUGAAAUCACCCCGCUCGAUUGCUGUUCUGGGAAACGACGCCGGCGACAUCACAGAGGGCCCGUUGAACCGGUUCCUGAACGUUGAAUAUGGUACCCUUGCAGUUGGAGGCGGCUCUGGCGCAGCCCGCUUGACCAAUCUGGUAACCCCCCUCGAAGCCAUCAAAACUCGAGCUGCACAGGAUGGCACUUUGGUCGAGUCGUGGCUGAACAACACGCUCAUCGCAGAGUCGAAUGUUACCGAGUUCUGGUCUGCGAGAUACCCAGAGGCUUGUCUCGUGUUCUUGAAGGGCUGGGCCAGAGAGGUCGUGGACCGAGAGAGUCUAGAUCUCGACUGGCAGGCCAAUAAAGUAGUCGAGAACGUUGCUAACUCAUGCAAUAAUACGAUCGUUAUCACGCAUUCUUCGGGGGUAAAUAUUUUGCCCUUCGCUGACCAUCCGAAUGUCACGGCUAUCAUCAUAGCGCACUAUCCUGGAGAACAGUCUGGCAACUCGCUCGUGGACGUUCUAUACGGCGAUACGAAUCCGUCUGGCAAACUGCCAUACACUAUCGCCUAUAACGAGAGUGACUAUAAUACACCGAUCGUUACCGAUAUCGAAACCAGCGGCGUGGAGGACUGGCAGAGCUGGUUUGAUGAGAAGCUCGAGAUCGAUUACCGUUACUUUGAUGCUCAUGAUAUUCCGGUACGCUACGAAUUCGGGUUCGGCCUCUCCUAUACUACCUUUGAGAUGUCGGACAUCAAGGUAAACCAAGCCGAAGGCCAUCAAAAUAUCACAGCUCUCCCGCCUCCAGAACAGGUGGCGUCGCCUGGUGGCAAUCGUGCUCUGUGGGAUACUUUGUUCCACAUGGAGGUCAAGAUUCGCAACACUGGGGGCCUCAGGGGUUCCGCUGUGGCUCAGCUAUAUGUGAGCUUGCCUGAUGACACUCCCCAAGGGACUCCUCCUCGGCAACUUCGGGGAUUUGACAAGAUUGAGCUCUCACCUGGGCAGCAGGGCCUGGCCCGUUUUAACCUCAUGAGGCGUGAUAUUAGCUACUGGGAUACUAUCGCUCAGGAAUGGCGCAUACCUACUGGAGAACUCUCCAUCAGUGUUGGGUUCAGUAGCAGAGAUCUAGUUCAGUUCGCAAAGAUCGCUCCUGUUCUCUAG